AUCGUUCACUCUCAAUUUGUGAUAUAUAUAUAAUACAUCUUGAAGAUUUGAAAGUUCGACGUCUUGGACACGUCCAAGAACAGACGUCUUGAAGAUUUAACAGUACGACGUCUCAAAGAGGUCUAAGAACAGACAUCUUAAAGACGGCCUUUUUGAGGCUUUAGGCGUCCGGACCAAUAUAAGGCUCAGUUUGGACGUCUCAAAGAAGUCUUGUGCUAUCUGGGUAUCGAAGUAAAGACAACACAGGAAAACUAUGGAAAACUCUAAAUAAAAUGUACAGAACUAACGACCAAAAUGAUAUAAAAUGUGUGCAAGAUCAAGACGGUUCUACUGGGGAGGAUGCGAAGAGGAUGGCACACAUUUUCAAUCAACACUACAUAAAUGUAGAUAAAAGUCUUGCCCAUAAUAUAAACACAUCAGGCACACCUGCUUUCAAACAAAAAGCACUGAAGCAUUCAUUCUUUAUAAGGCCAACUUCACCAGAGAAAAUUAAGCAGAUCAUUGAUGAGAUUAAAUCUGGCAAAGCUCCAGGCUACGAUAACAUCUCAGUUUUAGAGUUGUAAUGUUCUGGACAGAAUGGAAGAUCUUUGUGUACAUCAUGCAAUUCUCUAGGAUAUUCGAGAUCGACUUCUAAAAUAUAACCCUCCGAAGCAUCAUCAGGAAUUUGCAAGACAUUUAUAUUUGUAUCGGUCCACGUAAAACCGCCGUAUGGUAGACAUUGUGACAUUGCCCAUCCAUAUUGAUUGUUAACAUCAAAGUACAUGAGGUAAUUUUCUGGUUUAGUUGAAUCAUAGUUUGGUAUAUACUUGUUGUUCGCAUGUGCUCGUCGUUUACCACAUACUUGACUAAGGCCGCCCCGAAUUCCUCUUUCAACAAACAAAAACAUAUCAACAUCUGUGAGAUGUUCUAAUUCCUGUUUUGUAUAUUUCAACAUAGCAUCCCACGUAUAUCCUGGUAAAGUAAAAUAAUGCGCAGAAUCUAAUCCAUAAGUCUUAUGGCAGCUCGAUCGAAAUUGUUCAAAUACGUCAGCCAGCAAUAGAAUGUCAGUUUUCAUGUAGAGAUCGCUGUAUUCACCCAAAUUCUGACAUUUAAAUUUAUUCCACACAAGUUGUGCUCUCUCAUAUCUUCUUCGUGGACAUUGCCUACCAUCCAAUUUGUUAUAGAAUGCUUCAAUAGGUGGAAGAGAAGUUUCAUCGAAUCGGUCAUGGGAAUCGAUAUAAUCAUAUGGCAUUACCCCUUUGUUCGUAAGAAGACUGAUAUGUUCUUCAGAUUCCUCAGAAAAUUGUGUUUUCAAGUUCGGAAACUCUUCUAAAUAGGACGCCAGUUGGUCUAAAGAAGAAGCCAUGAAUCGGAAACUAUCAAUGAAUCGGAAAUUAAUGUGAUAAUCAUCAUAGUGUUUGGUGAAACUGAUAUAUUUCUCCUUGGUUAUCGGUAACAAAUCGAUUUUCCCUUCCAUUCUUGUGACAAUAUCUUGUAUCAGAAAAUAAGCGUCAUAUCCACUUAGGUUGUGAAAUACUACAGGAAUCAUGUGACUAUCCUUAUAAUUUAUAUUACAUCCCUCAUGUGCUGCUC